GGUUUUAUUGCUCAGAAAUGACUUUUUUUUUUUUUUUAACAUAUUUAUACAAAUUAUUUGAAUGUGUCAAAACUCUGGUGUCUAUUAUUCCUGAUGCUCCAGGAAACUUUGCAGGUUUUUCAGUUUCUAAUAAUUAAACUUUUUAAACUGAUGUGGCAGAAAAACGUUUCUUUGCUUUUCUUCAUUUCGUCAUGUUUGGAUGAACUGAACUUCACAGAUUAAUCUAAAAUAUUGGUCUGUUUCUGGAACCGGAGCGGAUCUCUAGACUUGCUGCAGUCUGGACCCGUCCCACCUGUGGGGUCAGAGGUCACCGGAGUCACCUGACUUCUGGAAACCAGAGUUUCUGUGUAGCGUGGGAAGUGAAAGGCGAUGUGAAACCGCUGCAGGUCCAGUCCGCGCCGCGCCUCCUUCUGCUCCGGAUCGUCGUUCUGAGCGCUCAGCAUGUCGGAUCCGUCCAGCCAGCAGCAGCCGGGUCGGGCCGCUCACCUGGGCGGCGGAUGGACGGGUCUGAAGGACGAAGGCCGGAGGAUGAAGAGGAGGGAGAAGAACCGAAUGGCCGCUCAGAAGAGCCGCAAGAGACAAACGCAGAGGGCCGAGCUGCACCAGGCCUGCGAGCUGCUGGAGCAAAGAACAGGAAGCUGAAGAGAGAGGUGGAUUUCGCUCUCUGAGGAGCAGAACUUCCUGUCUGAGGCUCUCAGAGCUCAUGAACCUUUCUGUCCCAUCAUGCAUUGCUCCUUCACCUCCUCCAGCCUGCAGCCUGACGCCGCGGCUCGCGCAGUCUGAGCUCAGUGACCUUUCUGACCUUUCACAUCUGGAUCCAGCUGCCAUAAAAUGAACUAACUUGCCACCAGAGGGCGCCGUUUAUCCUCCAUCAGCUGCUGGCAGGCGGCGGGACUCUGCUGCCCCCUCGUGGCGGUGGGGAGUUAUCACAUCCAGGAUUCUUAAUGUCAUCAGAAUGUAUAAAAAUAAAUUAAUUGGUCAAUAAAAAUGACUGAAUAAAUACA